UGUUUGUGUACACUACACUACGCAAUUUUUUCACAUCAUCCUCGAACACAGAGAAUUUUGAACGUAAAACUGCGCUAUAAGAAAAUUGACAGUUUGUGGUCGUUGGUGGCCCUGCUGACUAGUGAUAUUUCAAAAACUCGUGUUUUUAAUCGCUUCACAUCGAUAGACUUGUUUUAAGUCGUUGACGUUCCUUGUACGUAAUUAUAAUUAAUUAGGGAUCCUCUUAAUUAAAAAAUCCAAGAGUGGAUUGGUAGCAUUGCAUGGUCUGUCAACGUCAUUGUAUUUUGUGGUUAUGGUAAAUUUUCGGGGUGCCACGUAAUUUUGCAUUAAAAAACAGUGAUGGGGAACUCUAGCAGCGUCGAUAUUCCUGGGGGAGGUACAGAGGGCUAUCACGUGUUAAGGGUGCAAGAAAAUUCGCCCGGUAGUCGGGCCGGUUUGGAGGCUUUUUUUGACUUUAUUGUUGCAAUCAAUGGUACACGCCUUGACCAAGAUAAUGACACUCUUAAACAAAUACUAAAAAACGGAAUAGGAAAACAGCUCCCUAUGACCAUUUACAGUAGCAAAACGCAGAGCGUGCGCAGCGUUACAAUAGAACCCAGCGAUUCCUGGGGCGGGCAAGGUCUUUUAGGCGUCAGUAUCCGUUUUUGCUCCUUUGAGGGGGCCAAUGAGAACGUGUGGCAUGUUUUGGAAGUAAACCCCGAUUCCCCGGCUGACCUUGCGGGGCUUCGGUCAUUCACCGAUUACAUAAUCGGGGCCGACUCGGUUUUACAUGAAAGCGAGGAUUUGUUCGCGCUGAUCGAAAGUCACGAGGGGCGCAGCCUCAAGUUGUACGUUUACAACUCAGUUGACGACUCAUGCCGAGAAAUCACGAUAGUCCCUAACUCGAACUGGGGGGGCGAAGGCUCAAUAGGCUGCGGAAUCGGAUAUGGGUACUUGCACCGGAUCCCGGUCCGGGGGAACCCCCCAGCCCCCACACAAGCCACGUACAAACCGCCCCCAGUUUCAAGCUUCAACCCUCCGCCCCCUACACCAGUGACCGCAUUUAACCCCCCUCCUGUGUCCACAGUAAACCCCCCAGCCCCUAUUCCUGUAUCAACUAUAAGCCCCCCAGCCCCAGUGCCAUCCUCACUGUUUGCCGAGCAGGCCGUGAAAACAACCGAAGUGGAGCCAGUAUUGCCAUCAGCGGCCGAAAUUCCCCCAAAUUCUACCAUUGGGGGGAAUUACAUGUUCCCUCCAACCACGGGGGGUUCAUAUCUAGUGUCUUCACCCCAAAUGAAUCAAACAUCGACGGUAGAUAGUAUUCCAGGUUUGCCGACAUAUACAGGGAUAGCGACACCGUUCCAGCCCCCAACAACCCCAAAUUUAGCCGCGUUUAGUUACCCCCAAGUGAGCUUACCCCAAGUACCGAUUCAAGGGCAAGCGCAGUACCCCCAAGUAUCGGUUCAAGGUCAAGCUCAGUACCCCCAAGUUGUUAUGCCUCCCACUACUGGGGUUCAGAAUUUUCCACAAACGUCACAACCACUUAUUUUUGAUCCCACAAUAGCGGCAAGGUCUGCACAACAAUUACUGAGUGGGAAUAAUAAUCCUGUUAGUUAGACUUUAAUUCAUUUUUUUUGUUAUAAUUUAUAUUAUUGUAAUAAAAGGUAUAUUUUAAAGAACUGUUUUGUUUUUGUGCAAUUUUAGGCAAACUGAAUUUUUAUUGUAAGGAAGUGUAAACGUGUACAUACAAUUUUUAAUAAAAAUUAAUACAGAA